CGUGUUUGGGGUUGUAACGUUGUGUGGACGCGCUUUAACGCAAAUAAAUAUUAAGAAAUACAUAUAUAUAAAAUUCUAAAAAGUAAAACUGAACAAUAUAGGAAAUCGCAAAAUAAUAAAAGGUUUAACAUGAUAAUUUAACAAACAAAGCAUAAAACCAAAAGUGUAAACGUUAUAAAAACAUAAGUUUUUCCUAAACGACGAACUAAGUUUAAUUUUCCAUAGAGAAAGAGACAAAGUAAUUGCAAAUACAAAAAAUGUCACCAUUUGUGGAAAAAUCAUUACUAUUGCUAGGCAUUCUAUGCUGCAUACAAGUAUCCACUGCCCUGAUGUGCUAUGACUGCAAUAGUGAGUACGAUCCACGUUGUGGCGAUCCAUUCGAGCCCUAUUCCAUUGGUGAAGUGAAUUGCAGUAAACAGGAACCACUGGAGCAUCUUAAGGAUAAAUAUCAGCCCAUGUUGUGCCGCAAAACUGUGCAGAAAAUCUAUGGCAAAACCCGAAUUGUUCGCGGCUGCGGUUAUAUACCUGAUGAACGCACCGAUGGCGAGUGUAUAAAGCGUUCGGGCACCCACGACGUGGCCGCCAUUUAUUGUGCCUGCACUGGUGAAUUGUGCAACGGAGCCAACUCCAUGAUGUCAUCGCAAUAUGUCCUAAUUUCCGGACUUACGCUGCUGUUAAUGCUACUGACAAGGCACAGCAUAAGCUCAUAAAUUUGCGUUAAAUUGAAGUUCACUUUUGUUCGUGACGUUUAAUUUCCUUUUGGUUUUCCUAUUUUAUCUUGGGGGCAGUAUUUUUUAAAAAUACAUAA